CGGAUCAAUUUGAGAAGAAAGUGUUCUCGACAACGUCGACCUCCAACACGAGCCCCACAAAAUGCAAAAGGAGAACCAGUCCAAACCACUGAAGACCAUACAGUAACAAGUAUUCACAUCCAAGAGUGGGAGAGCCAUUCAAGUGUAGAAGAACAGGAAAGUACAGACAACAAAAUGCUCGGUCUGCUUAAUGGUCCAGGUAAUAACCACCCCCAGGAGAUCCCAGAGGAAGAGCAGAUGGCAGUGAGCACCCUGGAUGUAAGUAUGCAGAAGAGUAGAGUCACUCUGAGAAGAAAAACAUGCCCUCAGAAUCGUCGUAAUCCAACGUCAAGAUCACGGAACAGAGAAAAUGUAUCCUUAAUAAGCAGCAUGGAAAAAGAUUCCAAACGCCUCUCAAAUAAUACUGAAGAGUCUGAGAGGUCCAGUCCUGUAACCAUUUAUGAUAUACCUGAUGGAUCAAAUGACAAAACAAGUCCUACAUUCAGCCACUCCAAGACAUCAGGUCCAACAGAACCUAUGGAGCUGGAUAUUCAGUUCCCACUUAACCUUCUCGACGUCAGUGUUGAGAAAAGCAAAGUUAUUCUAAGAAGGCUGACCCCUGGCCAGAAGAGACGAGCACCAACAUCAUGGCACAGAGAUAAUGACGAUUCAUCUUUGACAGCAAUAACAGAACCAGAUGUUUCUUCAAGCACAGCAGACAAGGAUGAGGAAGAGGAGGAAGAAACACCUAAAAAAUUCAAGAUACCAGCUCAUGCAUUCAGGCUACCAAUGCUGCCCCCUGGCAUGCUCAGAAAGAGGGACAAGGAAGAAGAGGAAUCGUCUCCUGGGAAAAUCAAAAUACCAAGUCAUGGGUUCAAACUUCCCAUGCCGUUCCCUGGUAUACAGAAGGAGGAAGAAGAGAAGAAGGCGCCUGGGAGAGUUAAAAUACCGAGUCAUGCAUUCAAGCUGCCAGUGCCGCCCCCUGGUGUAACGAAACGGCAGGAAAAAGAAGAGGAGAAACAGACCCCUGGGAGAGUGAAAAUACCAAGUCAUGCUUUCAAGUUACCAAUGCCACCCCCUGGUAUAAUGAAACAGCAGGAUAAAGAAGAUGAGGAAAAGACCCCUGGGAAAGUGAAAAUACCAAGUCAUGCAUUCAAGCUACCAGUGCCACCCCCUGGUCUAAAUAAAGAGCAGGACAAUGAGGAGGAGAAGGAACCGAUCCCUGGGAAAGUUAAAAUACCAAGUCAUGCAUUCAAGCUACCAGUCCCUCCCCCUGGUGUAAUGAGAAAACAGGUUCUUCCUACACAAUCUGGCAGUCCACCUGCAAAUGAAGAGUCUGAUGGCCAAGAACCACCACAGGCAGACGAAGAAGAACCCAAAAAGAAGAAAUUAGUGAUACCACCGAAAUUUGGCAUGCCAGGAAAUACUGGGUUUGGAAUGGCCCAUCCUAUGAUGAUGCAAGAACUGCAGUUUCGUCUACAGCGGCCAAAGAAGGAGUAACCAAAGGAUGCUCACAACUUAAUAUGCAAAUCUGUAUUUAUUGUCUGCAAUGUUUGUUUAAUGUGAUAUUUUGUACUCAUGUUUCUUACUAAUUCUUCACCCCUAAAAUAAAACUCCUUGAGGAGACAGUCAUCAUUUCCAUCACACAUUGAUAAACAUAUUUUAUUUUAAAUUCAUAAGGGCAUGGUUUAAUUCAUACUGUACCCCACUGAUAAAAGAGAAGGCAUAAAUUCCCAUGAGUGGCUAUUAAAAAAGGGGGCAAAUAGCACAAUAUUUUUUCUUAAUGAUUGCAUUUGUUGCUGUUUUGUCCUCUCUGGCAAUAAUCAUAUUACUUGUUGCACCUACCCCUUCACUAAGUAUCUAUCUCAAAUUCUCUAAAGUUUACAUUUCUGGCAAUAGCUUGGUCCAAGUAUUUGGUGUGAUUUAUAGGUACACGUCUGUUCCAUUUUAAGUCCCGAAAUAUGAGUGCUGUAUUAGCCAAAUUGUCCAAUGUUGUAUUUGAUAGUAGCAGAUUUUGCUGAAGAGGAACAUAUUAAAACUUGUUUGACUGAGUGCAGUACAUCUACGAUAAAGCAGAAGCCACAGGUGGGGCAGUGUAUCAUCUAUGAUAUAGCAGCUAUAAGUGUAGCAGUUUGCCAUCCAUAAUGCAAAAGCCAGAGAUGGUGAUAGUGUGGUAUAUAUGAUACAACAGGCAGCCACUGUUAGGGCAGUAUGCCAUCUAUGACACAGCAGUUAGAGGUGGUACAGUGUGCCAUAUGUUACACAAAACUCAGGGAUGACACAGUGUGCCAUCCAUGACAUCAAACCAACAGGUGGGAAGCAGUGCCCAUGAUGAAGCAACAAAAAUUCAAUGGUGUGCCAUUCAUAACAGACGAGCUAGGACUGGGGCAGUGUGCCAUCCAUGAAAGAACAGCCACAAGCUGGCAGUGUGCCAUCUAUGACACAGAAAGCAUGAAUGGGACAGCAUUCCCUUCAUGAUACAGCAGCCAUUAUUUUGGGCAGAAUGCGAUCCAUGGCACAGCAGUCAGGGGUAGGGCAGAGUGUCCCUUAUGGCAUUGCUGUCCAAGCCACAACAUCCUGGGCUGGGAAGAGUGUUACACAUUGCAGUAGCCAUAUAUAAGGAAGUGUGCCAUUUCCAUAGGUGAGGAUGUGUGCCAUCUCCAUAGAUGAAGACAUGUGCCAUUUCCAUAAAUGAGGACAUGGACCAUCUCCAUAGAUGAAGACAUGUGCCAUCUCCCUAGAUGAGAAUGCAUGCCAUCUCCAAAGAUGAGGAAGUGUGCCAUCUCCAUAGAUGAGGAUGUGUACCAUCUCCCUAGAAGAGGACAUGCCAUCUCCCUAGAUGAGUACAUGUCCAUAUGCAUAGAUGAGGACACAUACCAUCUCCAUAGAUGAUGAUGUGUGUCAUGCCCCUAGAUGAGUACAUGUGCCAUCUGCAUAGAUGAGGACACAUACCAUCUCCAUAGAUGAUGAUGUAUGCCGUGCCCCUAGAUGAGUACAUGUGCCAUCUGCAUAGAUGAGGACACAUACCAUCUCCCCAGAUGAGGAUGUGUACCAUUUCCAUGGAUGAGGACACAUACUUACUCCAUAGAUGAGGAUGUGUGCCAUCUCCAUAGAUGAGGAUGUGUGCCAUCUCCAUAGAUGAGGACAUGUGCCAUCUCCAUAGAUGAGGACACAUACCAUCUCCAGAGAUGAUGAUGUGUGCCAUCUCCAUAGAUGAGGAAGUGUGCCAUCUCCAUAGAUGAUGAUGUGUGCCAUCUAUGCCACAGCAGCCUCAGGUAGGGCAGUGUGCCUUCAGGGGUGAAGGCAAUGUGCCACACAUGACAACAGAAGCAACAGAAGGGUCAGUAUGCUUAUGUAUGCUCAUACAUAAAAAGGUAGCUUUAGUUGCAGAUUGGUUAAGUCAGCACCUCUGUGACACAAAAGACACAAAUGGACAAACUACUUGGAAAAGAUAGGCAAGGCCAACAUGAAAUAUAAGCUGCAAUGAAUGUAAACAGUCUUGGUUGUAAAAGACACAACAAAGUUACUUGAAGGGUGCUUUUUAUAUCAGCUUUAUUCCUCUUUUGACUUGGUCUCUCUUCCUUAUGGCACAGGUGUACACACCUUUACUCAAGCCCUAGCUUUCCGUACAUGAUGCGCUACUGCAGCAACAGUUUUAAGGAUGAAUUGAACCAAAUGGGAAUCUCUCUUUUGUUUCUGACUGCAGAGCAGAAAUGCUCAUGAUAAGACAGAAUGACCAUUAACAGAGUUUUGGGAAUGUUCUGUAUGGCCUUAAAUAAUCCACUUGAGGAGAAUAGUUACCAAUAUGCACACGUACAAUGUUUUUAUACAUAGUAUUUUACAAUGUGGAACACCCAUUCUGCUACCAUAUUCCCACUAGACUGUUUCAUAUUGCUUCCCAUGUGGCAGCAGUGUGGGGGAAGCUGCCACCCUUCUUUUCCAGAUAAAGACUGCACCCUAAAUCAUAAUGCGUUAACCACCCGACCCAGCACUGCUCAUCUACUGUGGCCAAAAUGUAAUUCCACACCCCCUUGUCAUCAAGGAACCUAGCACAAACUGUUAUUCGGACAGGACUGCUACAUCUGCUAAGUAGGUUUUGCACCAAGGACCCUAGCACAAACUGUUACUCGGGUAAGACUGUCACAUCUGCUAAGUAGGUUUUGCGCCAAGGAACCUAGCACAAACUGUUACUCAGGUAGGACUGCUACAUCUGCUAAGUAGGUUUUGCACCAAGGAACCUAGCACAAACUGUUACUCAUGUAGGGCUGCUACAUCUGCUAAGUAGUUUUAGCACCUAGGAACCUAGCACAAACUGUUACUCGGGUAAGACUGCUACAUCUGCUAAGUAGGUUUUGCACCAAGGACCCUAGCACAAACUGUUACUCGGGUAAGACUGCUACAUCUGCUAAGUAGGUUUUGCACCAAGGAACCUAGCACAAACUGUUACUCCUGUAGGACUGCUACAUCUGCUAAGCAGUUUUUCCACCAAGGACCCUAGCACAAACUGUUACUCGGGUAAGACUGCUACAUCUGCUAAGUAGUUUUUGCACCAAGGACCCUAGCACAAACUGUUACUCAGGUAGGACUGCUACAUCUGCUAAGUAGUUUUUGCACCAAGGAACCUAGCACAAACUGUUACUCGGGUAAGACUUCUACAUCUGCUAAGUAGGUUUUGCACCAAUGAACCUAGCACAAACUGUUACUUGGGUAAGACUGCUACAUCUGCUAAGUAGGUUUUACACCAAGGACCCUAGCACAAACUGUUACUCGGGUAAGACUGCUACAUCUUCUAAGUAGGUUUUGCACCAAGGAACCUACCACAAACUUACUCAAGUAGGACUGCUACAUCUGCUAAGCAGGUUUUGCACCAAGGUCCCUAGCACAAACUGUUACUCGGGUAAGACUGCUACAUCUGCUAAGUAGUUUUUGCACCAAGGACCCUAGCACAAACUGUUACUCAGGUAGGACUGCUACAUCUGCUAAGUAGUUUUUGCACCAGGAACCUAGCACAAACUGUUACUUGGGUAAGACUGCUACAUCUGUUAAGUAGUUUUUGCACCAAGGACCCUAGCACAAACUGUUACUCGGGAAAGACUGCUACAUCUGCUAAGUAGUUUUUGCACCAAGGAACCUAGCACAAACUGUUACUCGGGUAAGACUGCUACAUCUGCUAAGUAGGUUUUGCACCAAGGACCCUAGCACAAACUGUUACUCGGGAAAGACUGCUACAUCUGCUAAGUAGUUUUUGCACCAAGGAACCUAGCACAAACUGUUACUCGGGUAAGACUGCUACAUCUGCUAAGUAGGUUUUGCACCAAGGACCCUAGCACAAACUGUUACACAGGUAGGACUGCUACAUCUGCUAAGCAGGUUUUGCACCAAGGUCCCUAGCACAAACUGUUACUCGGGUAAGACUGCUACAUCUGCUAAGUAGUUUUUGCACCAAGGACCCUAGCACAAACUGUUACUCAGGUAGGACUGCUACAUCUGCUAAGUAGUUUUUGCACCAGGAACCUAGCACAAACUGUUACUUGGGUAAGACUGCUACAUCUGUUAAGUAGUUUUUGCACCAAGGACCCUAGCACAAACUGUUACUCGGGAAAGACUGCUACAUCUGCUAAGUAGUUUUUGCACCAAGGAACCUAGCACAAACUGUUACUCGGGUAAGACUGCUACAUCUGCUAAGUAGGUUUUGCACCAAGGACCCUAGCACAAACUGUUACUCGGGAAAGACUGCUACAUCUGCUAAGUAGUUUUUGCACCAAGGAACCUAGCACAAACUGUUACUCGGGUAAGACUGCUACAUCUGCUAAGUAGGUUUUGCACCAAGGACCCUAGCACAAACUGUUACUCGGGAAAGACUGCUACAUCUGCUAAGUAGUUUUUGCACCAAGGACCCUAGCACAAACUGUUACUCGGGUAAGACUGCUACAUCUGCUAAGUAGGUUUUGCACCAAGGACCCUAGCACAAACUGUUACAAAGGUAGGACUGCUACAUCUGCUAAGCAGGUUUUGCACCAAGGACCCUAGCACAAAUUGUUACUCAGGUAGGACUGCUACAUCUGUUAAGUAGGUUUUGCACUCAGUAAAUAGGAAAGAGCAGUGUAGUAGGAACAGGACAGUUCAACAAAUAUUGUGUGAGCAGAAUAAAACACCAAGUUGGUUUUACCAUAGAAAUUGGCACUGACUUUUCUAGAGCCAUGAGUUUCUGUGGAAUCCCCCCCCUUCAAAUCCUAGAAAAGUCCAUUCUACUAUGCCUAUAUUAUGACCAUAGAGUAUUAAUAACGCUUAGAAAGUCUCUCAUUUCUGAGAUCAGCCUAACCUUGCUAUCUUUAUAUGCUAUUUCUUUAUUGUGUUGCUACUUGCUGGAGUUUCUCAGGGAAUUGCAUCAAUUAUUUUUAUUACGUAAGCACCUGCUGCCUUAGUCAUUAUUCUUUGCCUUCGGUCCUGUUCAGGUUGUUAGAUUUUAUGAUAUUCUUUUUGUACAUAAAAUUGUUUAUAAAUUGAAUACAAAUUAAAUCAUUUUUUUUAAUUAUUUGACUUUA